AUUGCGUCUCAGGAAUGGUGCGCUCUACCAUUAUUGCUAGGGCCUCCGAUGCCUUACCACUGGCAGCCAGUUCGGAUGAUGAACAGACUGAGCAAACCCUCCACGAGCACAAGCAGCAAGCAAAGCUCAUCUUUCGCCGCAUCACCCCAAAUUCAGAGCCUAGAUGCUCUAUAGAAAGCGGUCCUUAUACUCUGCAUUAUUUGAUAUCAGAAAAUGUCGUAUACCUCACUAUAACUGAGAAAUCUUAUCCAAGAAGGCUUGCUUUCUCAUAUUUAGAUGAGCUCUCGAAAGAAUUUCUGACAGUGUAUGGGCCCAAAGUGGAAACCACACGGAAGCCGUACGCUUUCGUGGGUUUUGAUACCUUUAUGCAGAAAACGGCACGAUUGUACCAGGACACUCGGACAGCCGCUGCUGAAUCGAAUCUGGAUCGUUUGAAUUCGGACUUGCAAGAUGUAACCCGUAUCAUGACGAAAAACAUGGAAGAACUCCUGUGGCGAGGCGACAGCCUUGACAAAAUGUCACACCUUUCGUCUUCACUUCGCACCGAGUCGGAGAAAUAUCGCAGAGCUUCCCGCGACAUCAACUUGCACGCCAUGCUGCGACAAUGGGCGCCUGUAGGCGCAUUUGCAUUCAUCUUCGUAAUAUUCAUCUGGUGGCGAUUCUUCUGAGUGCAGGAGCACUGUAAUUAUUAUAUCGUUUGGCCAUCUAACUCAUCGUAAUAUUCGUCUUUGUUAUC